CACCCGUUAGAGCGCCCUCCAUUGAUAAAAGACGGACAGGUGCAUAAUAAAAAUGGUCGAAAUGGCAGAGGACAGUGACGAAGAAGAGAGAUUAAGUUUGGAGGAUGAAUUUCAGUGGUUACUUAGGGAGGAGGUUCAUCCAGUGUUACAGCAAUUGCAACAGUUACUCAAGGAAAACACCAGAAGAUUUAACAUUCCCAUUUCAGUCGGGAUGGCCAAGUUAAUCAAGCCCGAGACCUUUGUUCUUUCAAGCUCCAAUGGGGCUGACUACGCGAAAGGAGUAGUGACAUUAGUUGCUGAUAAUAUCUGCCGUGCAGAACUAACAUUACGUUUGCACAGAAAUGCAAAUCAAGUGGCAAAGACAGCCAUACGGGAAGACAUUCCAUGGAAACUACAGCAGGUACAAGAUGCGGGUAAUCAUUUGUACUCGGCGCUAGACGCAGUCUGCAGGAUGGACAUUGAUUACGAGUUCAGAACAGGCAGUGAGGUCACAAAGUUGAUGGAUGAAGUGAUGAAUCAACUGAAGAAAGGCAGGCAUCAGCUGCUGAACCCCAUCCACCCAACGCUGCACGACCUGUACUACAGCAAGUGCUCGAAAGCAUUCAACCCACCCUUGCCAAAUGAGAUACUUAUAGAUUUUUAUGUCCAGGGCAACAAGCUUAAUAUGUGUACCUACUUCUUGCAUCCGGUGCACAUAACCAAGACACCGAGCAAACAUGCUGCAGUAUCCGCAGAGAAAAACCCUGCAAACUUAUUGGAAUUGGGUUCACUGAAGUACGAAGUUACUGGUCAGUACACGGUCAACUGUGCUGUGCCGUGGCUGGGUGAAGCAUUGACGCUCUUCACUGUAGCUCUCCAGACUUGCCAAGAACUUAAGAACAAGAUUGAAGUGUUCUCCACGUACCGCAUUGACGAGGCGACACAGAGGGAGACCUGUUAGAUGAGCAUUUUAUACCGACGGGUAUGGAUACCAAGUUGGGCGUCAGGGUCAUCAAGAAAUAUAUUGUCUUCUCAUUGUGAAUAGAAAAGUUUUUAAUGAGUCUCCUCGGUGUGAAUAGAAAUUUAUAUCAUUAUUGUAAACCGUACUUUGUGUUCUUGAAUCAAGUGACUCUACCCGUGCCACAAUGCUUUACCUAAACGGGGAAAAACCUGGGUUUUGUUUCUAUCAUUAGGACGUUUUGAAAAUGUGCUUUCAAUUUGGCUGGCUGUUGCGCCGGUAUUAGGCAUACGUACAAAAGUUACGCAUGAAUUAUCGCGGGACCGCAUACAUUUCGAAAUUUGUAAGGUAAUUACUCCAUAGCUAAAUUUACUGGGCAGAUUCUUUUAGUUCAAUGUCUCAUUCAAUGUUCUCAAUAACUUUGCGUUGUACAAAAAUUGCAAUUUAAGAACAAUAUCUACAUUUCGAGGGGAAGCUCUGAAAUCGCACGGGUAGAGCAGCUGUAAUGAAAGUUGUGUAUUAUUACCGAUCAAAAGGACUCCCUCAACUUUAUAGAGUUAACACAGAAAAAAGUAUCUUAAAAAGCCAGCUCUUGGAAAUGUCCGGCAAAAUUGAAAUGUAAAUUUCCACCAAUAUUAUGUAAUUGUUUCCCUUUUUUGUAUUCGUGUCAAGGGACACUUCUACUUAACCAAAGUUUUUCUUCCAAAGGUUUCAGGUUUUAAAUACUGUAAUAGCUCUAUCAAAAAAAGUGCCAACUGAGGGUGUUAUCGAAAUUAUUGCAUCUUAACUGAUUUAUUUAGGUUUUCAUUGGGAUCUCGAAUUAUAAAAUGACCUUUUAAAUGGGUCAGCUAAAGUUUGAUAAGAAAUACGACUUGCACGAUUGUCCAUAUCUGGAGGGCUUUUGCCCAUUAUUGACCUGUUUUGGGGGAACUGUUGCUUUAAAAACUCAUUUUGAAGUUCUGUAUAUUUUUGUGUCCAGCACAUACAUACAAGAAUCAGAUCAAAAGAAAAUAUGUUUGUACCGCCGUUUUGAUGUAUGGAAUUAUGGAAGGAGUUUGGAUAAGGCGUGGUUUGAGGGUGGGUGGGAUCAGUGACGAGGAGGGAGGGGCGUGGUUACAUUCUACACCACGCCUUCUCAUUAUUUCAUUCAGUAUUUCUACUUAAUUUUGAAUUUUUCUUCAUUUUACAUUUCCAAAGUUCUGGAUCUUUCAGACAUGUUUGUGCCAGUCUUUAAAUAUACCAGAGAUUAAAUAUAUCGUUUAAUAUAUAUAAAUAUGCGAAUAAAUAAUAAUGAUAGUUAAUUGCUUAUGAAUAGAUAUUAAAUAUGUAUGUCGUUAUUGUGAAGGAUAUAAAUUGAAUUUGUGUCUGAUGUU